CUCUAGAGGAUCUUCUUAGUGGAAACAUUUAUUUCUUGCCAAGUCUCAUGCUCUUUUAGAGCAAAAAAGCUUAAAUAACCUCCUUCUUCCCUUCAUUUUCUCUUUUCCUUCUCCAAAAACCCUAAUCCGUAGACAUGCCCUGAAGCAGGAGAAGCAAAACUAGCUAGAUAGCUUCACGUAUUCCCCCUUUUAGCCUUUACUCUUCACCCUUCUUUUCCUGUUUCUUUCUCUGCUCCUUUUCUCUCUAGCCAUCGUAUUAAUUUGAGAAUAUCUGUGUGCAUUUUUUUCUUUUCCCAUAAACUUUUGCUGUUAGUGAAAGAAAAGGGAGAGAUUGCCUCCAUUUCAGAGGCUUUAAAAGAUAUGGGAAACUCUCUCAAAAGCUGAUAUCUUUUAAUUUGUAAGUUAUGGAUUCCGGUAACAGUGGCAGUAUGCAAUCCUCUAGUGGUGGUGAUGAAGAGUAUGACUCAAGACCAGAGUCACUCCCAGCUUUCUUGAAUGCUUCUAGCCAAAACUUUGAUCCUUCUCUUUUUUCACACCACCAACCAGCCACUAUUUUUGAUCCUUCACCAGCUCUCUUCCAUGCUUUCUCUCAAUCUCAAUCAAUCACAAAUCCCAAUUCUUCUAUGCUAAAUCUGGACAUGGUUCAUUCACGAGGCCUGAGAUCUGACCACAGUUGCACUCGGCUUGGUAUCAACUUACCAGACUCAUUAUCAUCAAGCCAAUCGGCACCUCUGGGUGCUCAAGGAUCAAAUCAAGCUCUACCUUCAUCCAUGCAAUUGCGAUCGGUUCAUGAUAAUGGAGUGCGCUCUUCUUCACCGUCAGAUCAAACACAUGGGGUAGCCAGAAACCCCAAGAAAAGAACAAGGGCAUCAAGAAGGGCACCCACUACAGUUCUCACGACAGACACGUCCAAUUUCAGACAAAUGGUGCAAGAAUUCACAGGGAUCCCAGCACCACCCUUUACAGGCUCAUCGUUUACUCGUAGGCUCGAUCUUUUUGGUCCUGGAUCGGGAUUGAGGUCUGGUCAUUUGGAACCAAUAGGGUCACUUUACCCUCUACGUCCCUCAGCUCAAAAGGUUCAUCAUCAGCAAACCCCACUUUUAUCUUCUUCUUCUCCUUCAUUUUUUAACAAUGAUAUUGUGGAUGGCACUAAUAUUGCUAGUACCAGUACUACUGCUAACAAUAACAAUACUAUUACCACAGCCACAACUAGUACUUUCAAUCCCAGUUCUGUUAACUACCAACUGUCUGCUCAUUUAGGCCUACACAAACAACCUCAAAAUCUGCUAAACAUGCAAAAUCAAAUGCUUUCAAUCCAUCCACUUCUACAGCCUCCUGCUCCUCCUUUUCAACCUUUAGCUAAUGUGCCUGGUUUAGGUGCAAAGUCUCAAGCAAGUUUUCCUUUACCUUCCUUUGAGGAAUUGGGUAUGGGCCAUGGAGAUGGACAUGUUAAUGCACAUCUUGGUGGGCUAACAAGUCAUGUAACAACAGAAGGGAUGAGAUUAUCGAGUGAUGGGGGUCAAGAUCAUAACUUGAGGUCUUUGGACGGGAAUUAUGGCAAUAUGAAACGUGUUAAUAGCUGCAAGUUGAAUUACUCAUCAGCUUCUUCAUCAGGUUUUCACCAUGACAAGGUUUUAGAGAACGUUUCUUCAAGAGGUGCUGAAGGUACAGUUGAUUCAUGGAUUUGUCCUUCAGAGUUCAGAGUAGGGGAUCAUUAAUCAGGUUCGGCGAUUAAUGGGGCACGAGUAGGUGAUAGAUGAAGAAGAUUUUGCUGCAGGCUACUGAUUGUCAUGUGUUAAUGGUGGUCGUGGUUGUGAUGAUUUUGGUAAGGAGGGUAUAAUUGCGUUAUUGACCACAGUCCCCGCUACUUCGGCUGGAUGGCAGCAUCCUUUUUUUUUCUCUCCUUUUUCAAGAAAUAAUCAAGAAUUUUAGGAGUAUUAGAUUAUGAGAUGUCACACUUUAAAUUAUAUACAUGUGUGUGUGUGUGUGUGUGUGUGUUUUCUUUAUAUUUGGCAUUAUACAUCAUUACUAUGCAUGAUUCAGUUUUCCA